AUGGCUUCAGCGCGCAAGGGGCAAGUGUACAGCGUCGGCAACUAUUUGAUGACGGGCAAAAUCCUGGGGAAAGGCCACUUCGCGAAGGUGGAGGAGGCCACGCACAGGCUUAUCGGCAAGAAGGUGGCCAUUAAAAUAAUAGACUUGACUUGCAUCAAGGAGGACUAUGCCAGGAGAAAUCUUCACCGCGAGCCCAGAAUCAUGGCAAAACUGCGGCACCCCUGCAUUGCUGCCCUCUAUGAGACGAUGAUGCACGGACCCCGCUUGUACGUGGUGAUGGAAGCAGCCGGUGGCGGUGACCUCUGCUCGCAUGUACUGGCUGCACGUGGUACUGCGCGGGGCCUCCCCGAAUCGCGCGCGCGCGCAUUGGCCGCACAACUUGUGUCUGCGGUGCGGCAUAUGCACGCGAGGGGCGUGGUGCAUCGCGAUCUGAAGAUGGAGAAUAUAAUGCUGGACGGCACUAAGCAGUUCAUAAAGAUUGUUGGUAAGCAUAACGUGAUCCCCUAUGUACAAUCGGUGACAACGUAUUUUGGUCUAUCAAACCUAUGUGGCUCGGGAGGUGCUUUGCGAACGCCUUGCGGGUCGCUAGAGUACGCCGCGCCUGAGUUGUUUGUGGAUGGGAGAAGAUAUGGACCGGAAGUUGAUCUGUGGAGCAUGUAUGUAUCUUAUGGCUGUGCUCUAAAAACCAACGGUGUCAUCGUAUACGGCAUGGUGACCGGCGGGCUGCCGUUCACAUGCCCCGAAGGGGGGAGUAAGGCAGGAGGCACAGAGGGGAACUCAAAGUCUCAAUUGCGAGCAGCUAUAGCGAGGGGAUUCACGAGGAAGCAACGCAACGCGCUCACUCUUGUAUCUACAGAAUGCAAGCUCUUCGUACAACAGCUAUUGGAGCCAAAAGUAGAGCUUCGGAUGAAGAUCGAGGAAGCUGCGAGGCACAGGUGGGUCAAGCGUCCAGGGAUGCGAAUGAAGACCCACCCUUUGCCACCGCCAGACUCGAAAAUUAACAGAGAGAUUUACAGACAAAUAGCUGAGCUAAACAGUCAGAGUUUUCUGGACAUCGUGGCCGAAAUAAAGGCAGAGCCAUUCGGAGCGACCGCCGGCAUGUACAACAUCAAAACACAUCUACACCAAAUUCAAACCGCCUCCGGGCCGGAUCUCCUCUGGUCUUCGAACACGACUGAACCCCGCCCCCAGUCACCGCCAGAGUACCGAGCGAAAUACGACCUGCAGGACAAUAAACCUUCGCUAACCCUGCAGAUUGCGUCCAGCUUGCAGAAGUUACGCAUCAAUAACCAAGUUAUUCCCAAACCGAAGCCCAGUAACAGCACGGCUGAAGCCGUCGAAGCUGAAGUAAACGACGCUAAGGACAAGCCGAGGGCGUUGAGCUAUUUUGGUUUGCGGAAGCCGGUUUUCAAGGUGUAUGAAAAUGGAGAUGGGCUGGAUAGAAGGCUCCCGAGUAUAAACGAGCAGUCUAAUCCGGAUUUAUGUGACAAGAAUAACACGAGGAAGGAGCUGAAGCCAUCCAAAAAGCCUUCGCAAGAUGAGCCUCUUAGAAUAACCAGCGGCCCGACUAGAGUUAGCGAUGUGAAGCGAACAGAGUUUUACAGGAGGGGUGGGGAUGGUUUGCCGAGUUGGCGGGCGAGCGGUAUAACCAGAAGCCAAGCACCAAGAAUUUUGCUGCAGAGCAACGCGACUACCAUCAAGCGUGCUUCACUGGGCAACAUCGUGAGUCCGCACUCAUCGUCCAACAACAGCCACUGCAAGAGCGAACGCUCUAUGCCCGUCGGCUGGUACUCUCGCCCGAUCGCGAAGGAGUCGCACGCGCAGCGCUUGCGCCGAACCGCGUCCAUAAAGUAA